GCCGGGCGCACCUGCAGGGCGGCGCCGUCCGGGCCGGCUCGGGAUGAAGGCGCGUCCGGCGACUCCUGGCCGCGCCGUGGGGCUCCUCACGCUGCUCCUCCCGUGCUUGGGGCUUGCGGAGCCUUCUAGCCAUUCAGGUAAUGAGCCAUUCACCAUUGUCCAUGAAAACACUGGCAAGUGCAUCCAGGCGCUGGAUGACUGGAUAGUAACAAAGGAUUGUAAUGGAACCCAGGACAUGCUAUGGAAGUGGGUGUCCAAACAUCGGCUCUUCCAUUUGCAAUCCCAGAAGUGCCUUGGCCUGAAUAUCACCAAACAAAAGGAUUCUUUGAAAAUGUUUAGCUGUGAUUCCCCUGCCAUGCUGUGGUGGAAAUGUGAGCACCAUUCUCUUUAUGGUGCCGCCCAGUACAAGUUGGCUGUGGAAGACGGACAUGCCAUAGCAAGCCCAAACACAUCUGAUGUCUGGAUAAAGGGAGGCUCAUCAGAAGGCCUUUGUGACCAGCCUUAUCAUGAGAUAUAUACCAGAGAUGGGAACUCCUUUGGGAAACCGUGCGAAUUUCCAUUCCUGAUUGAUGGGAAAUGGCAUCAUGACUGCAUUCUUGAUAAAAAUAAGACUGCCCCAUGGUGUGCCACCACCUUAAAUUAUGACCGUGAUAAGAAGUGGGGCUUCUGCUUAAAACCAGAAAAUGGCUGUGAGGAGAAUUGGGAGAAGAAUGAGCAAACUGGAAGUUGCUACCAAUUUAAUAAUCCGGCAACUCUUUCUUGGAAAGAAGCUUAUAUUUCUUGCCACAGUCAAGGAGCUGACUUAUUGAGCAUCAGCAAUGUGACUGAGUUAACUUAUCUUAAAGAAAAAGAAGACAUUGCUAAAUUUUUCUGGAUUGGUUUAAACCAGCUGCACUCUGCUAGAGGCUGGGAAUGGUCAGACCACAAACCGCUAAACUUCCUCAACUGGGACCCAGACAAGUUCAACACACCUGCACUAGGUGGGUCAAGCUGUGUGAGGAUGAACGCUGAGUCCGGUCUCUGGGAGAGUUUGCCCUGUGAGGCUCUACUGCCCUACGUGUGCAAGAAACCAUUGAAUAACAGCACGGAGUUAACAGAUGAUUGGACAUAUUCAGAUACUCACUGCGAUGCAGACUGGCUGCCAAACAAUGGAUUUUGCUACCGGCUGGGGAAUGAAAGUGACUCCUGGGACAAUGCACAUAUGAAAUGCAAAGCCUUAAGUAGUGACCUUCUCAGCAUUCAUUCUUUAGCAGAUGUGGAAGUGGUGAUCACAAAACUCCACAAUGAGGAUGCCAAAGAAGAAAUAUGGACAGGCCUGAAGAACAUAAACGUGCCAACUUUGUUUCAGUGGUCAGAUGGUAGUGAAGUUACUCUAACAUAUUGGGAUGAGAACGAGCCGAAUAUCCCCUACAACAACACUCCCAACUGUGUUUCCUAUUCAGGAAAGCUAGGUCAAUGGAAAGUCCAGCCAUGUGAAAAGAAACUGAAAUAUGCAUGCAAGAAAAAGGGAGAAAAAAUAAAUGAUCCAGGAUCUGGCAAGAUAUGUCCUCCAGAAGAGGGCUGGAAGAGACAUGGAGAAGCCUGUUACAAGAUUUACAAAGAUGAAGUCCCCUUUGGCAAGAACUGUAAUCUGACCAUCACUAGCAGAUUUGAGCAAGAAUUCCUAAAUGAUAUGAUGAAGAAAUAUGAUAAAUCUCUAACAAAAUACUUCUGGACUGGCCUGAUAGAUGUAGAUUCACACGGAGAGUAUAGUUGGGCAGCUGCUGGAGGAAUAAAGCGGGCUGUAACGUUUGACAACUGGAAUUUUAUGGAGCCAGCUUUUCCAGGUGGAUGUGUGGCAAUGUCUACUGGAAAGUCUCUUGGGAAGUGGGAGGUGAAGGACUGCAAAAACUUCAGAGCGCUUUCAAUUUGCAAGAAUGUCAGUGGACCUGUGGAACCCGAGGAGCCAGCUCCCAAGCCAAGCGACCCCUGUCCUGAUGGCUGGCAUAGCUUCGCCAACAGUCUUUCCUGCUAUAAGGCAUUCCAUAUAGAAAGAAUUGUGAGAAAGAGGAACUGGGAAGAAGCUGAAAGAUUCUGCCAAUCCCUGGGAGCCCACCUGGUUAGCUUCGGUCACGUGGAUGAGAUGAAGGAGUUUCUUCACUGGUUAACGGAGCAGUUCAGUGACAAUCGUUGGCUAUGGAUAGGUUUGAAUAAAAGAAGCCCCGAUCUACAAGGAUCCUGGGAAUGGAGUGAUCGUACACCAGUGUCUACUCUUCUCAUGGAACAUGAGUUUCUGCAAGAUUAUGACAUCAGAGACUGUGCUGCUGUCAAGGUCAUUCAUAGGCCAUGGCGGAGAAGCUGGUAUUUCUUUGAUGAUUAUGAUUUUUUUUAUAUGAAGCCUUUUGCUUGUGAUACAAAGCUUGAAUGGGUGUGCCACAUUCCAAAAGGUCGUACUCCAAAAACACCAGACUGGUACAACCCAGAGCGUGCAGGAAUUCACGGGCUUCCAGUUGUAGUUGAAGGAAGUGAAUAUUGGUUUGUUGCUGAACCACACUUGAACUUUGAAGAAGCUUUCCUCUACUGUGCUACCAAUUACAGCUUUCUUGCCACUGUCACAUCCUUCACAGGACUGAAAGCUAUCAGAAACAAAAUAGCCAAUAUCUCCAAUGAUGAGCAAAAGUGGUGGUUGAGAGCUAAUGAACAGCCCAUAGAUCAUCCUUUUUCAGGCUUUCGUCGUCCAUGGCACUAUUAUCCUUUCGAGUUUGGAGAGGAAUGCAUGUACAUGUCUGCCAAGACUUGGCUUAUCGACUUAAAUAAACCAGCAGACUGUAAUACCAAGUUGCCCUUCAUCUGUGAAAAACAUAGUGUAUCUCCAUUAGAAAAAUACAGUCCAGAUCCUACAGCUAAAGUCCAGUGCUCCGAAAAGUGGGUUUCUUUUGGAAAUAAGUGUUUUCUAAAGAUCAACACCCAAUAUGCCAAAUUUUCUCAAGCAAAUGAUAUCUGUCAUUCCUAUGGCGGCACCCUUCCUUCCGUAUUGAGCCAGAGUGAACAAGAUUUUAUUACAUCCUUGCUUCCGGAUAUGGGAGCUACUCUGUGGAUUGGUUUGCGCUGGACUGCCCAUGAGAAGAUUAACAAGUGGACAGAUGACAAAGAGCUGAUAUAUGGCAACUUUCACCCAUUGUUGGUUGGUCGGAGGCUGAGGAUACCAACAAAUAUUUUUGAGGAAGACUCCCAAUACCACUGUGCUGUAAUACUCAACCACCCAAAGUCACCUUUCACUGGAACGUGGAAUUUUACUUCCUGCAAUGAAUAUCACCCUGUAUCUCUCUGUCAGAAAUAUUCAGAUAUUCAAAGCAACCAGACCUCACAGAAUACUUCAGAAACUGUAAAGUACAAAAAUAACUUAUACAAGAUCAUCUUGAAGAGGCUGACUUGGUACCAGGCUUUGGAUGAGUGCGUGAAAAAUAGCAUGCAGCUGGUGAGCAUCACAGACCCUUACCAACAGGCGUUCCUCACCGUGCAGGCGGCCCAGCACAACUCCUCCUUGUGGAUCGGACUCUCCAGUCAGGAUGAUGAACUCAACUUUGGUUGGUCAGAUGGAAGACGUCUUGAAUUUACUCGCUGGGAUGAAAACCACCACCAUCUUGAAGACUGCGUGUUUUUAGAAAUGAAUGGAUUCUGGAAAACGGCUGAUUGCGAAACCAGCCAGCCGGGUGCUAUUUGCUACUAUCCAGGAAAUGACACUAAAAAAGAAAUCAAACCGGUUGCAAAUGUUGAAUGUCCGUCUCCUGUUCUAAGUACUCCAUGGAUACCCUUUCAGAACUGUUGCUACAAUUUCAUGAUAACAAAGAAUAGACACAUGGCAACAACACCGGAAGAAGCUCAUUCUAAAUGCCAGCAAUUGAGUCCAAAAUCACAUAUGCUAAGCAUUCGAGAUGAAGAGGAGAAUAACUUUGUUCUUGAGCAGCUUCUGCGCCUCCAUUAUAUGGCUUCUUGGGUCCUGUUAGGGUUAACAUAUGAAGGUAAUUCUCUUACGUGGUUUGACAAGACUGCAUUGUCGUAUACACACUGGAGAGGGGGAAGACCAGCCGUACAAAAUGGCAAGUUUUGGGCUGGCUUGAAUACCGAUGGCUUCUGGGAUAUUCAACCCUUUAACAUGGAAGAAACACUUUAUUUUCAACAACACAGCAUUGUUGUUUGUAAGAUUGAAAUGGUCGACUACAAGGAAGAAUAUAAUACCACACUGCCAGAGUUUAUUCCAUAUGAAGAUAAUAUUUAUAAUGUUAUUCAAAGAAGGGUAACGUGGUAUGAAGCAUUAAAGGCAUGUUCUGAAGGCAGAGGUCAGUUGGCAAGUGUCCAUGAUCAAAACGGCCAGCUCUUCUUGGAAGAUAUUGCAAAACGUGAUGGCUUUCCACUGUGGGUUGGGCUGUCAAGUCAUGAUGGCAGUGAAGCCAGUUUUGAAUGGUCUGAUGGCAGUGCAUUUGACUACAUCCCAUGGAAAGGGGAAAAAGGUCCUGGGGACUGCGUUGUCUUGGAUCCCAAAGGAAAUUGGAAGCAUGAAAAGUGCAGCUCUUCCAUGGAUGGAGCUAUUUGUUAUAAAUCUACCAAAUUGAAAGAGCUGACCUCUUAUUCACACUCAUCAAGAUGUCCUGAAGCAAAAGAAAAUGGGACACAGUGGAUCCAGUACAAGGGUCACUGUUACGCCUCGAACCAGGCACUGCACAGUUUCUCAGAAGCCAAAUACCUGUGUUCAGAACUCGAUCAUUCCUCAACGAUUGUGACCAUAAAGGAUGAAGAUGAGAAUCAAUUUGUGAGCCAACUGAUGAGGGAAAAUAAUAAUAUUACCAUGAGAGUUUGGCUUGGUUUAUCUCAACAUUCUUUCGAUCAAUCCUGGAGUUGGUUGGAUGGCUCAAAAGUGACAUUUGUCAAGUGGGAGAAUAAAAGUAGCAGUGACAAAAGUAACAGUGACGGUGGGAAAUGCAGCGUUUUGUUAGCUUCAACUGAAACUUGGAAAAAAGUUGACUGUUCUCAUGGCUAUGGAAGAGUUGUCUGCCAAGUGCCUCUGAGCUCUGACUACAAGGGCGUGGCCAUCGGAUUUGCCGUGCUCAGCGUCCUGGCACUCAUCAGCGGACUGAUUUGGUUCCUCUUCCAAAGAAACCGUUUCCAGUGGGCAGGUUUCUCAUCAGUCCGGUACGAACAAGGAGUGAGUGAAGAGGAGAUUGUCCUUCCUUCUUUCCAGGACUAAGUUGUUCUAAAAGUUUGUUAAUUUGCACUAAUGUAUAAGGAAAAAUGAACCACUCCAAGGUUUCCAGUGUCAGUAUUUACUCUGCUCCAAAGUGAAA